AUGUAAAAAGAUGUUUUAAAAAAAGUUCAAUACAAGCUUUAGCUUAUCCAAAGUAUAGAUUCGAUCAAAGUUUUCUAUGUUGUUGGUGAUAUAGACAUUGAUAUUGAUUAACUUUUAGAUAGAGAACAUUUCAACAUUAUUGUUUCAUAGAAUGAUUUUGUUUAAGUUAAUUCAAUUAACAGGCAAAGUAAUUUAAAUUUUAUAGAGAUAUUCUUCAAUACCCACACUCAAAGAUGCAGCGAUUUUUCAAUUCCAGUGAAUCUGCUAAGAAAUAGCUAAUAAUAAGACCUAUUAGACCUUGCAAAUUUGAUUGAUGAGUAUUAAAAAAUACUUUAGUAAAAAAUGAAAGAAGAUGACUGUAUUAAAAGCAUUGAACAACAUGAAACUGAAGAAAGCAGCAGUGAAUACUCAAGAAAAACCACUAAUAAUACUUAUCCUUUGAGUGUCCUCGAAUGCGAUGAGUUCCAUGGCUGGAAUUUUGAAUAGAGUAAUUUGAAAGCCGAAUCUGUAAUUAGAGAAUUAAAAGAUUCUAAUAAAGAUUCUGACAAUUAUUAUACUUAUGUGAUAUUCUAAGGGAGGAAAUAUGAUUAAAUAAAACACACAAUGGGAUACUCAUUAUAACUAUUAAAGGAUUUUUUAGGUUUAAAUGACAAUUAAAUUGAUUACCUUUGCCUAAGAAAACCAAUCAUUAUAAACUAUAAAUAUUAGCACUAAUACAUCUAGUACUUAUUCCACAGAUUUUAAAGAUUAAAAAUGCUUUUUAAACAGAAUUAGAGUGACUUAAACCAUUAUAGAAAUGGACUGAAAUUUUUAUGUGAGUAUCCAAUAGAUCUUGCAAGCUUUGAUAAUUAUUGUGUUCAAACAAAAGCUUAGCAAUAUUUAUAUGUUCUGAGCAACUAUAAAUAUCAAUUAGAUGAUCUCCUCUGGGUUUGUAAAGUUUAGCCAAUAGGAUAAUAGUCAGCUUCAGAAGUUUUGAAAGGACUAAGAAAUCUAAAGGAAUUCUUAAAAAAAGAACAAGAAAAUACAAAACAAAACCCUUUUUUUGAUGGCUAAAUAUACUCUAACUUGAUUUAAGAAGCCUAAUCCAAAAUAUUAAAAGAUAAAUUCUACUCUAUUGUUGAUAGUCACAUUUUUUAAGACAUCUUAGAAAAUGUAUGA